GGCAGGGUUGGUUGCGCUGGAAGGGACGGGGCAUCGGACCCGCGCACACACACACACGCCCCGCAAACUCGGACCCGCUCACACGCCCAGGCCCUGAUCCCCCCGCCCGCCUGCCAUGAAGCUGAUGGUGGAUUUCGAGGAGUGUCUGAAGGACUCGCCGCGCUUCAGAGCUGCAAUAGAGGAAGUUGAAGGAGAUUUUGCUGAAUUGGAGUUAAAACUUGAAAAGGUUGUCAAGUUGUGCAUUGGGAUGAUCGAUGCUGGAAAGAACUUCUGUAAUGCCAACAAACAGUUUGUCAAUGGAAUUCGUGAGCUGGCCCAACACUCCACCAAGGACGAAGUCAUUGAGAACAGUCUAAUGAGGUUUUCGGAUAGCCUUCUGGAGAUGGUUAAUUUUCACACAAUUCUGUUUGACCAAGUCCAAAGAUCCAUCAAGUUGCAGCUUCAGUCAUUUGUGAAAGAUGAUCUCAGAAAAUUUAAAGAAGCGAAGAAACAGUUUGACAAGGUCAGUGAAGAGAAGGAGAAUGCACUGGUGAAAAAUGCUCAGAUUCAAAGAAAUAAGCAGCAUGAGGUGGAGGAGGCGACCAACAUUCUGACAGCCACACGGAAAUGCUUCCGGCACAUCGCGCUGGACUAUGUGCUGCAGAUUAAUGUCCUUCAGUCAAAGAGGCGAUCGGAGAUUUUAAAAUCGAUGUUGUCGUUCAUGUAUGCCCAUCUUGCGUUCUUUCACCAAGGAUAUGACCUCUUCAUGGAACUGGAGCCUUACAUGAAGGACUUGGGAGCACAGCUGGAUAAAUUAGCCGUGGAUGCAGCUAAAGAGAAGAGAGACAUGGAACAUAAACACUCCACUAUUCAACAAAAGGCUGCCCUUCAGGAUUUCUCCAGCGAUGAUCCCAAGAUGGAAUUUAAUACGGAUGCUGCCAAUGGCAUUGUCAUGGAAGGAUAUUUAUAUAAACGAGCCAGUAAUGCCUUCAAAACAUGGAACCGGAAAAAGACCCCCCACACCAGGCGCUGGUUUUCAAUUCAGAACAACCAGCUUGUUUACCAAAAGAAGUUCAGGGAUAACCUGACUGUAGUAGUUGAUGAUUUACGACUUUGUACAGUCAAGCCAUGUGAGGAUAUUGAGAGACGUUUCUGCUUUGAAGUCGUCUCACCUACAAAGAGCUGUAUGUUGCAAGCAGAUUCUGAAAAAAUCCGGCAAGUUUGGAUCAAAGCUGUUCAAGCCAGUAUAGCGACAGCAUACAAGGAGAAGGGAGAGGAAAGCCAUGCAGAUAAGUUGGACAGAAGGUCGUCCCCAUCGACCAGCAGUCUGGACUCGGGGAGUGAAUUGAAGGAGCGCCCAGUGAAAGGCGAAAGUGUACUUCAGCGCGUCGAGUGUAUCGCUGGCAACAGCAAUUGCUGCGACUGUGGCCAGUCGGACCCUCGCUGGGCUAGCAUCAAUCUGGGAAUCACCCUGUGCAUCGAAUGUUCAGGCAUUCACAGAAGUCUGGGUGUCCAUUUUUCCAAGGUGCGUUCCCUGACUCUGGAUUCGUGGGAACCUGAGCUCAUAAAACUUAUGUGUGCAUUAGGAAAUAACGUUAUCAACAGAAUCUAUGAGGCACAGGUGGAUGCGAUAUACUUCAAGAAACCAAAUCCAGGAGACCCGAGGCCUGAGAAGGAAAGUUGGAUCAAAGCUAAGUAUGUUGAAAAGAAGUUUAUUCAGAAAGCUCAUACUUUAACUUCAUCAAAAAGAAGACAGAAUGUGCGGACCAGUCAACAGGAGGAUACCUGUGAAAAAUCCUCCAACCUUCUUUCUGUUCCAGGGAACACUUCAGGGGUAAAAAAUUCAGACAAUGGAGUUCUGAAUAACUCUGAUGGGAACAAAGAUGUGGUGGUGCCUUUGACCUCCAAUAACAAUGUACCAGCGAAAGCUUCGGAACAGUUUCUGGGAGAAGGAGUGGGAAAGGAUUUGUGCGCUUCGCAAGAAGUGAAAGCGAUGCCUAUAGGAUUACAGCUAUACACCGCUGCUCACCGUCGAAGCCUGCCUGACAUGGCAGAGGCAUUGGCCUGUGGUGCUGAUGUGAACUGGGCUCAUCCUGACGACAACAAGGCCACUCCUCUCAUUCAGGCUGUGCUGGGGGGUUCUUUGGUUGCCUGUGAGUUUCUGCUGCAGAAUGGAGCGGAUGUAAACCGCAGGGACAGCCACGGCAGAGGCCCACUGCAUCAUGCGACCAUCUUGGGCCACACCGGACAAGUGUGUUUAUUUCUGAAACGAGGAGCUGAUCAAGAUGCACGGGACGGAGACCAGAAAGACCCACUCAGCAUCGCUGUGGAAGCUGCCAAUGCAGACAUCGUCACACUGUUGCGCCUGGCCAAGAUGAAUGAUGAGAUGCGAGAAUCUGAAGGCAUCGGGCAGUCAGGUGAUGCAACCUACCAGGAUAUUUUCAGAGACUUUUCCCAUAUGGCCUCUCACAACCCCGAAAGAUUAAACCGUUUCCAGCGGAGAUCAGAGGCUGAUUAACCUUUUACUGCAUUUCUUGAGAGAACUGCAGUCAUUCUUUUGAUGCAAUCGUAUGGAAGCAUAUUUAUCAAUACAAUAUAUAUAUAUAUACACACCAAAAAUGAAUGUUAACAUUUUAAAGAGCUGUAAAUGAAGGAACCUUGGCCUAUAUAUUUCCACACAGCUAGUUUUAUUCGGAUGAUGCUGUCUAUGCAAACAUGCCACCUAUGUGCUGUUGAUUUUGUCAAACUUGAGUUAAAGUUAAUAAUCUUUUGUGAUGUUCCACCACUGGGAAACGUGCAAAUGGAAUGGAAGUUCAAGUGAACUGAAGUCUUGUAUGUGAAAAAAAUGUUCGGACAAAAAUAUUUCCAAAAGUAUACGUCCAUCAUUCACCAUCCAUGAAGCGGAGUGGUGAGAAAAUCAUGACCGCAGCAAGAGCACUUCCAUCCCCAUGUCUUUUAAAAGCACUGUGGGUGCUGCAGUGGUGGAGCUGUGAUGCUGCAGUGGUGGGUGUUGCAGCGGUGGAGCCGUGGGUGCUGCAGUGGUGGAGCUGCGAUGCUGCAGUGGUGGAGUUGCGAUGCUGCAGUGGUGGAGCUGUGGUGCUGCAGUGGUGGAGCUGUGGUGCAGUGAGACAAUGUGCCCAGGGAACAUAUUACAUUUGUUUCCUCUUACAAAAUAGAAAAUGCUUUUAAUCUACAAUUUCAACAAAUAUUUUAUCAUACUUGUUAUACUUUGUAUAUUCUUUCCACCUACGAAAUGUUGGGUUUUUAUAUCUUUGAACUGCAUUACCUAUAACCCACACUUGGUGCAAUAUAUCGAGACUUUCAGGUCAACCCUCUACAUACCCUGCAACAUUAUUUUACAUCCCAACAUGAAAUCCAGUUGGUGAGAUAAAUUAAAGUAGGAAAUUAAAUGAGGAGAUUAGAAUUAAUUUAUACAUUUAGCAUUAUAUCAUCAUCAUCAUCAUCAUCACACUAUCCUAUUUUACAUUUCGUGUUAUUCAAAUACAAAUGGAAAGCAAGUCAGUUGUCUAAGUUGGAACACGAUCUGUACCACCACUGACAAGAUGAAGCAAAUGUUACUGACUUCUUUGCCAGUGUUCAGAACAUCUUCAGUACAUGGGCAUUCAAAUUCAAAUAAAUCUAUAUUCUUAACAGAUUUUAUUUACCAACACUUAAAUUAGAUGGUGGCAACUUUAAAAAUUAACAUUGCAUCAAAGAUCAACCAGGUUAAUUCCAUAUCCUUAAGCAACAAAAAACAAAUCAAAGUUACAGAUUUUUGAAAUGUCAACAGCAUUUAUGCUGCGUUACAUUUUUAAACCUUAUAUGUCCAAUGUAUUUUGCUCUUGAACUUGUGUAAAUAUAUACCAAUAUAUGUUCUGUGCCCAGGGAUUGAUAAAAUACUUUUUCUGUUUUGCUUUAGCUGUGGGUUUUGAGUUAGUACAUUUGUACAAAAGAGUUUAAAUAUAUCAGUAAAAGGUUAAUGAGAAUGUAAUGACAACUUAUGAAGUAUACCAUAAGCUCCAAAGCAGUUGAGCAGUUAUAGUCUUAUAUUUCAGUUUCAAAUGUGAUUUGUCCUUUGAGAGGCUGAAGCAUCGGCAAUUUUAGACCAUUAAUCAGCACUGUACGUACUUGAUGGAUCCAUUUGCCUCCACACAAACAAAUAUACCCCCAGAAGUUUGAAAAUGUAUUCAAUCUAUUUAUCAUCCUUAUGUAAUUGCAUAUAUUGUAUAAACCUUUCUGUAUGGAAUAUUUUAUUCACAUUAUAGAACUGUUGUAUAAAAGUUCCCUGGAAACUUGUAUGAGUUUACAUUCCAUGAACAAAAAUUAAAUAUGCAUUUGGUUUUCAAAACUGC